AUGGACUCGGCGGCACUCUCCAAACGGAACCCGGCGCCGAAAUUAGUAGGCUUGGCAGGGGCUCCCCCUCAUCACCAUCACUCCCCUCACCACUCCCCUCCGAGCAUGACAGGCUUCGCCGGGCAUCCCCACUCCAUGGUUCCCACACACCCCGGGGAGCGCGCCACCGCAGAACCCCGCCUGGGGCUGAGUCCGUUCCGGGCCGAACACAUGGGGCACCAUCUCCAUCACCACCACCACCACCACCACCACUUCCCUCCUCAUCACUCGGCGACCCUUAAGCUCAGCCCGGCCCUUCCGCCUCACGCCCAGCAUCCCGGGGCAGGCCAGGCCGAGGGCAGCCCCAGCCCCAGCGGAGCGUGUGGCCCGGCGCAGCCCACCGCUGUCCCCUAUGCAGUCCCUCAUCCCAGCCAAGCUCUUCCCGCAGGUAGGGACUUCUUCCUGCGCAGAGAUCUGGCGGCCCCUGUCAUGCCCGGGCUCCCUUAUCAAGCCUCCGCCGCCACCACUUCUCACCACGGCAUGUUUGUCUCAACAACAGGUAGCUACCCCGGACACCAUGCGCCUCACCACCACCACCACCACCUCCACCACCAUCACCACCACUCCGACGCCGGGACUCCCUCGCUGUUCCCUGGACUCCACCCGGAGCAACCUGCCCAUGCCGCUCCAGGUGGCCAUCUGAAUGGGCAGAUAAGACUGGGGCUACCUGGAGAAAUGUACGCCAGGUCGGAGCCUUUCACGCCAGUCGCAGCCUCCAGGACGGACCCUUUCGCCGCUUCUUCUUUCCACGGCUACGGUGGCAUGAACCUGAACGUGAAUUUAGCGCCGCACCACGGGCCCGGCGCUUUCUUCCGCUACAUGAGGCAGCCCAUCAAGCAGGAGCUCAUCUGCAAGUGGAUCGAGCUGGACCAGACGCCUAAAAAACUCUGCUCCAAAACUUUUACCACCAUGCACGAGCUGGUGACUCACGUCACGGUGGAGCACGUCGGCGGGCCCGAGCAGUCCAACCACAUCUGCUUCUGGGAAGAGUGUCCCCGGGAAGGGAAGCCUUUCAAGGCCAAAUACAAACUGGUCAACCACAUCCGCGUCCACACCGGCGAGAAGCCCUUUCCUUGCCCCUUCCCGGGAUGCGGGAAGGUGUUCGCGCGCUCCGAGAAUCUCAAAAUCCACAAAAGGACGCACACAGGAGAGAAGCCCUUCAAGUGCGAGUUCGACGGCUGCGAGAGACGCUUCGCCAACAGCAGCGACCGGAAGAAGCAUUCCCACGUGCACACCAGCGACAAGCCCUACAACUGCAAGGUGCGCGGCUGCGACAAGUCCUACACGCACCCCAGCUCGCUGCGCAAGCACAUGAAGGUCCACUGCAAGUCCCCUCCGCCCAGCUCGGGCUACGAGUCGUCCACCCCGUCGCUGGUGUCGCCCUCCUCGGACUGCGGCCGGGACCCCCCGCCGCCGCCGCCGCCGCCGCCGCCGCCCUCAGCCGCCUCCUCGAGCCAGGCCGCGGCGAACCUGAGCGAAUGGUACGUGUGUCAGAGCUCAGGGGCCAGCGGCAUCCCGACUCCACCCAGUAACUCUCCGUCACCUCACCCGGGAGAGGCCGCGUACACGAACUGCGAGCCCCGGCCCAAUUAUUAA